AGUUUCCGCCCAUAAGAGAGACGUGGGUGUUUAAAACGAGUGCAUCCCCGCAUGACAUCAGCGUCUUUGUGUACAGGCGUCGGCGGCACUACUAACAACAAACCCUUUAGCUGUUGGUGUAUUUUCUCUGCUGAGUGUGCUGCACUCCAAGUUGGGCGUGUAGUAUCGUUGUAUUGUAUUUAUUUCUUAUCAGUGACAUGUCGGCUAACGGGCAGGACUCCACGGACGCAAGAAGAGGCGAUGGGCAAGAGUGAGUCGAUGAAUGUAACGUUAGCGAGUUAGCUUUCGUUAUCUUUGGUUACAGCAGCAGCAGCACAGUGUUGUUCAUGUACAGAGACAAGGAAGCUGCUCUUCCCUGUUAGUUAGAAAGAUACAGCCGAUCUUUGACGAACAUCUUACCAUUAUCCGUUAUCUCUCUUCAACAGGGCACCAUAUGUGAAUAUUUGAACUGUUUUCGCUUUGGGUUUUUCAUGUUAUUUGAACACAUUUAACAAUAAAUAUUCAGGCCUUCUUCUCACAAAUCAAAUGUCUCUCAAUUGUCGUAGUUUUCUCUUUUGUACUUAAGUUUUUAUCUUAAACAUUUAACUUAAAAUGCAGACUGUUGUGCUUUGUUGUUCCUCAGGUCAGCACCCUCAUCCUCUGUACCUGGCCCAGUGGAAGUGGAUGCCCAGCCCGGAUCCCACAGUUUCAGAUACAGCCUGAAGUAUCCCUGCAUCGGCCAGUGCAUCAUCAUCAACAACAAGAACUUUGACAGAAGAACAGGUCAGCAUUUUGUGCUUUUUGAUCCAGACUUUGAACAUUAUUAUUUCAAUCUGAACAUGUUGAAAGCCCAAGUAUUAGUCAGCAAUGCUGUGAGAAAAUGAUGAGCAUGCUGUGGGAACAUUUACUCAAAAGAGAAUAUUGAUGAGUCUUUCUUUGCUCUUUAUUAGAGUGAUUUAAAUACCAAAUACCCCUGAGGAUUGUUCUUAAACAACAAGAGACUGUUUGUUUCUCAUAAUAGACACUUGUCACCUCAAAAACCUUUGUACACAUUUACAUCUAAAGGUUAUUUAUGAUAAACGUUAUCAAGUAAUGAAUUUAAUUGAUUUUGCUUUAAAUUGUCUAUAAUUUCUUCAGUCCUGAGACAGCCACACUUGAACUUUCAAGUAUCCUGUUUGAAAUCUAUAGCAUUAUAAAUUAAACCAAGAAGUGAGCCAAAGCUUUAUGGGUCAGUUGGCUCAAACUACACUGUUUAAACUUUUAGUAGGAGCAAGAGAUUUGCUUGCUGCAAAGGUGUAUGUGUUGUCUCUGUAUUAGAGCUUCUGGUUGGUUCCUUACUAAUACUUAAGGGGAUAUUCUGGCGUAAAAUUAAUUUAGCGUCAAACACACUGUAACACCGAGUUAGACACCCCCUCGAGAGAUGAAUGUUGCCGACUGCUUGCUUCUCUAGUUAUACCAACUUUAGUAACGACCGCAUGAUAGCAAUAAACAGCGGUCUGAGGAGCCAGCUCAAACCUCAACCAAAACGCCACUCUAUAGCCACAAGUAAUAAUAAUAACUUGGCCUGAUUUGUUUAGCAAAGAGACUAAACACAACUCACCCUCUCUCUUCCAGCAGCCGCUUGUUUGUAGCGAGACCACGGGCCAGUCCAUUACGGACUGCUGCGGGGUGACGCAGCUCAAGGAAGAACAUUUAUGAUCAUUACUUUAUCAUCUCCUUCAAGUAAUAAUCACCAUAUUAAUCAUUUUGCACUGCAGACAUGGUAGUUCUUCUGUCUUAGCGUCUCUGUCUGAUUGCAUUUCAAUGAAGAAAUGAUCAUAAAUGUUCUUCCUUGAGCUGCGUCACCCCGCUGUUGUCUGUAAUGAACUGGCCUGAGGUUUCUAACUUGGUGUUGUGGUGUGUUUGAUCCUAACUUUAUUUAUGCCGGAAUAUCCCUUUAAGCUUAUACAGUUGGGCAUUCAGUAAUGAACUAUUGUUUUGUGCACAAAAAAAUUCCCUUGUCCCAGUUUAAAGAUGAAAACCCCCUCUUUCUGGCAUCACACCUCUUUGCAGGUGUUUGAUCACUCUGAACCUAAUGACCUUAACGCUAGCUUUUUUCACUCAGGGACUUAAUGUACACCUGAUGGAUACCAACAAGCUGCUUUUACAGUCAGCUAAUCAGAUGUUUAACAAAGCUCUGUGAGAGAGUCUUUAUGUGAGCUGUUGAGAAAUGAAGAUCAACCUGGCAUUUGGUGUAAUCCUGCUGUUUGUUUGCAUUUUAAGGACAUCUCUCCCAGCACAGCACACUGUCAGCAGCUCUUCUUAAUCUUUAGUCAGCCUCAUGACUUGCAUUAUGUUUUAGUGUGCAUCACAUGUUAUCAGUUCCUCAUCAGACUUGAUAGUGACUGGUGGUGAAUGAAGUGCUUGGGGAUGUUUCUUCUGUGUAUUUGUUCAAUAGCUGAGCCACUUGGAUAUCCAUGUAGCUGCUGAAGGAUGAUCAAAUUGAGACAGAGAGCCAAUACUGCUGCUGUCAUGUGUCCUUUGGGUGUUCAUAAUCUUUUGUCCGCCUCCUGAGGAUCUAUAGGGGAAUGUUCAUCCAGCACUGGCCUUUCUGUGGAGAGAAGAGCCUGAAGUCUACAAUAGCUGUAUAGCUGAUACUGUAUGAAACCUUGAUUCAGCUUUUGUUCUGGUUUUCCACGGGGACUUUGUGCAACAGAAGCUUGAACUGUGGAGGAGAAGUGUCUGGUGUUUUUGAAAGAUCUCCUGGUUUCAGGCUGAUGAACUUCAUUUGAAUGCUUCAGUCAGCUGUCACAGAGCAUCAGAGUUACUUGAUGAUGGUCUCGGUCUGCUGUCAGACUCAUGUUUGACAAACCUGUCUAGCUGGACCAACUGAACACACAUGCAAACAGCUUAAUGUACCUCAGGCUAGUUCGUCAUGUGUGUAAAUACCGGCAGCUGUUAAGACUGCUUGUAAAUCCAUCACUUUUGUUUCCACCUUAUCAGCCAAGAAAAAUUUGUUCCUGACCUAGCUUGGAUAACGCUCCAGGAAAUGUCAGCAUUUUGUGCUAGAGUGCAAGAUGCUGUAUAUAAACGUACAGGCUAGUAGUUAUUCAGAUCCCCCUCUAACAAACAAAAUUGGUCAACCAGAGUUACUGCUGCUAAAAAAAGUUCUUGAACAAUCACAGGGCUGACAGAUGGAAAUGGAGAUUGACAGCUCACGAUAAAGUUGUGCCUAAUGGGGAUGUGCAUGUUUUAUUAACUGUAUGAUAAACCGUUAUCCCCCUCUCUAAGUAGUGCCAGAUUUACCAGCCAUUUAAGCUAAUUAUCAAAUAUUUUCUUUAUCAUUGAAGGCCCAAAAUGCUGGUCUGGCAGUAUUUAAAGGGAUAUUCCGAUGUAAAAUUAAUUUAGGGUCAAACACACCACAACACCGAGUUAGACACCCCCGUCGAGAGAUGAAUGUUGCUGACGGCUUGCUUCUCUAGUUAUACCAACUUUAGUAACAAGUGCACGAUAGCAAUACACAGCGGUCUGAAGAGCCAAGGGAGGGACCCUAUAUGUACUGUUGAUGAAGUUAGGUGCUGUUCUGAGCAUUAUUUGUGGCUAUAAAAGAGUGGCAUUUUGGUUGAGGUUUGAGCUGGCUCCUGAGACCUCUGUGUAUUUAUAUCAUGCGGUCAUUAAUACAGUUGGUAUGAUUAGAGAAGCAAGCAGUCGGCAACAUUCAUCUCUUGAGGGGGUGUCUUACUCGGUGUUACGGUGUGUUUGAUCCUAAAUUGAUUUUACGCCGGAAUAUCCCUUUAAAGUGGUAUGUAGGCUGUGUCUGGUUAAACUAGCACCACCACUUCUUUUUAUUUCUUUCACUUGUUGCAUUGAUAGGUUUGCAUUUUCAGUUUGUUUUAGCACUUUCAAAAGGUGCUCUACACAUAGAGUUCUUGUCAUCAUCAUCAUCCUUAUAAAAAUGUGGUUUUGUUUCAUUUUGCAUUUCAAUUAACAAGAAAAAAAUCUGUGCUUUAUUCACAAAGGUAUGAAUCAACGAAAUGGGACGGACGUAGAUGCAGCCAACGCCAUGCAAGUGUUUUCAAAGUUGGGCUACAAAGCCAAGGUUUACAACGACCUGUCAGUGGAGAACUUGAAGCAGGUUUUAGUUUCUGGUAAGUUCAGUGCAGAAUGUGUUCAAAAGUACUCCGAAAUGUGCACAUGUGUAUGUACACCUAUUAUGACGCUGUCUUUUAGAUCAUGUAUAAAUUUGUUAAAUGCUUUACAUUUUCUUCACUCAAGCGUCAAAGGAAGAUCACAGCUGCUAUGCCUCAUUUGUCUGUGUCCUGCUGAGUCAUGGGGACGAGGGUGUCUUUUUCGGCACUGAUGGCUCCGUGGAGCUUAAGUACUUGACAUCACUUUUUCGAGGGGAUCGCUGCAAAUCACUAGUGGGAAAACCCAAACUCUUCUUCAUCCAGGUAUUUAACAGUUCAGGCAUUUACUUUAUGACGUUUACUUCAGAUUAUUGCCUGAACCAGGACUUGUUUUGUUUGUGUGCACGCUGAUUAGGCUUGCAGAGGAACUGAUCUGGAUGCAGGGAUUGAAGCAGACAGUGGAGAGGAUACCACAAAGAUCCCCGUGGAGGCUGACUUCCUCUAUGCCUUUUCCACAGCGCCAGGUUAACAGCCAAACACACUUUCCCUUGUUAGUUUUUAGACACCUUGUGCAUAAUUAAGCUGCCGGAUAGGUACCUCUGAAUGUGACAUGGUCUUAGUUCCUGCCAUCAUUUUAUACUGUGAAACACUUUUAUGAAACUAUGAGCCCUUAAUAUGAUUUAAUUGUUAUUCUUUGAAUCUGUUUUUGUACUAGAAUUUUUUAAUCAGGUCAAAGAAUUUUUGUUUUGGUUUUACUUAAAUAAAAAUUCUUUCCUCUGUCUUUAGGAUACUACUCAUGGAGGAACACUAUGACUGGUUCGUGGUUCAUGCAGUCGCUUUGUGAAAUGAUCAGUAAAUAUGGCAGACAGCUGGAGAUCCUGCACAUCAUGACUCGAGUAAACCACAAGGUGGCGGUAGAGUUUGAGUCUGUCUCCAAUUCCCCGGGCUUUGAUGCAAAGAAGCAGAUUCCCUGCAUUGUGUCAAUGCUGACCAAAGAGUUUUAUUUUACUCAUUAAUGGGGGGGGGAACAGCUAUUACCUUCAUUCUCUGCUAGAGAAUGACUUAAGGAUGCUUUGGUGUGGUGUUUGCUAAUUGCUUUUACAUUUUGUGACUAAAAACCUCUAGAAACGUCUGCUUACAUUCUUCUCCUUUGUGGAGAACAGAUGUGAUGCAGGUCAACUGAGAGAUAAAGGCAUUGUAUCCGUUUUUUUUCUAUGGUCUCUUCAACAAAAAUCAUGUUUAUAAAACAUAAAAUUAAGUUGACUCUGUUUUUCCACAGUCACAGUUUGCCACCAGCAGAUGCCUCUUAGAUGUUUACACUUUACAUUUCAGGGAAUAAUAUCAGGAGCCAGUUCAAUAGGAUUUGACUUUUUAUAUUUCAGUAAUCAUGCACUCCAUCGUCCUCACUUUUAUGAAUUGGGAGUCAACUUUAACUGUAUGGUUUGUUUGGAAGGGAUCAUGUAUGAAAUUUGUGUUCCUGUCUUUGUUUUUCAACUCUUGUUCUCUGUUUGCACCACUGAGUCAGUGUGAUGACACCCUAAUGGAGGUUUCACAAACAAAAAUAAUUGUUUUCAGAGUGAUGACCAUGUGAGUUGGGUGAAGCUUAAAUGAAUGCAUUUGCAUUCUGCAGGUACAUAAUGUGGUUUUAUGUAGCAUGUAAAGGGGAAACCAGUAAGCUUUCUUUUUGUUUAUUUUUUAAGUACUUCAUUUUCUAAAUAUGUUUUUUCUAGAAUAAGAACCAUGCAUGGUGCGACUUUAUAAUAAAGCUAUACUUGACUACUCGGCAUUUCUUAAUCAUUGGUAUCAAGUAGGGAUUUUAGAAACAGCUUUAACUAUUGGAGGCCUCCCCACUUAAAAUCGAGUGGCAGUUCAUAGAUUUUCUGUUUAAAAAUGUUACAACUGUGAGUGGAAGUUUGGAGGCAACCAACAACUUGGUGAAAUUUAUAAAGCACAUUUUGAUUAUGCAGUAAUCAAAGUCUUGUGUAGAAAUAUUAACAUCAGACCAGCUCAAUUGACAUGCUGCACAAGUUCUAUAUGACAGUUGUGUGACAAACUGAUUUUUUUAAGUCAUAAAUUACACAAGAUUUGCUAUGAGCAGGAUAUUUUUUAGCCCUUCUUGUAUAACCACUGUUGUGUUAGCAGCUAUGUUGUGAUGUGUCCCCAUGAAAAUAAAGACCACUCCUCAUUUUUCUGUGCUGAAACAAAGA